AGCUGCCACAAACAUUCAAAAUUCCCGUCAACUCUUUGAAGACAAAGAAAGGGAGUUCUUUUUUUACGGGGAAAUCCAUAAUGCUUGUCUUGUGUCUCGUCUUGCUGGUCACUGGGGUCAUCGGGACGCACUCGCAAUGUCCGAACUUCACCCCCUCUCAGCCGUGCACUUGCCGGUCCAUGGUAGAUAAAUCAGGAGAUGAAUACGCUCUCAUAACCUGCCACAAUUUGCAAUCGGAGGACGCUCUGCAGAGGAUUCUCGUUGCUUCUAAAGAAUUGCCAAUCUUUGAACUGGAAUUGGUGGAUUGCUCCUUCAGAUAUUUGCCCCAUGAUGCUUUUGUGGGCACCACGAUUGAGGUUCUCAGCAUUCGGAAUUCCAACAUUAUCUCUCUCAGCGAUUCAAACGUUGCCUUCGAGGGUUUGCACAACCAGCUGCAUCUCAUCGAAAUCAUCAACUGCACAUAUCUCAGCAGCUGGGAUUGGACUCAGCUGUCCAACCUGAAGCAUCUAAUGGAGAUUCACGUCAGCGAUUCGGAACUCAUUCAUAUCACCGAGGGGUUGGCGACCAUACAGCAUCUCGAUAUCGAAGCUUUCGUUUUCCAUAGGAACAAGAUACAGGAUAUCGCCGACAACGCAUUUGCACCUUUCGAAAAUCUUGAACGUUUGGCUCUGGACAACAACUACAUUUCUCAGUUGAAGCGCUCUAUGUUUCCAAAAAAGGCCAAAAAACUCUCUAUAUUAGGGCUCAGCUACAAUCAUUUACAGGAUUUACCCGAGGACCUAUUCAUCAACAUGCCAGUCUUGAAGUCUCUCUAUCUGACGGGAAAUCCCCUCGUGACAAUUAACGAAAGAGUCUUCAGACCUGUCUGGAAAAGUCUGCGACUUUUUCUUUUUUACGCUACCCAACUCUCCUGCGACUGUAGAAUAGCAUGGCUGACAAUGGAGGACAACAGCAAAAAGUAUCUGCAUGCAGAAUGUCAUGGGCCGAGUAGUUUCAAAGGACGUCUCCUGGAAGGCAUUAAACCGCAGGAAUUGUUGAAAUGCUGGUGAACGGAAUUGUGAAUAAAAAUACAUGUUAAGUCUGGGAAAA